AUGAGAGUAUAUUUAUUCGUCAUUUUUACACUGCAAUGUUAUACAUCGAUCGGAGCUCAUUCAAAGCUAACAAUCGAUGAAUUCUUUAAUGCAACUAGUUUUCAAUCAGUGAGUCUCUCUCCAAAUGGUCAACACCUAUUGGUAUACACUAGAAAACCCGCAUGGGACUUAAACUCAUAUGACAACAGUUUAUGGUUAUAUACAACUGAUGGAUCAAAGAAAGAAUUAAUCGCUACGCAAUACUCUGUAUUUAUGGAACCGAAAUGGUCACCCAGUGGAGAUUGGUUCUUCUACUAUGGUAAUGAUAAAGUUACGACUAAUUCAACAGAUAAUAGUGAAAGUUAUCGACAUUCAACCAACAAGGGCUCGGAAAACCAACAGAAGAUUCAUCUCUACAGUGUUACUUCAGAUGAGCUAUUAUCAAUCGAUAUUGGCAAAGAAGCACCAUCAGCUUUGACAUGGUCGGGCACUGAUUCAUCGCUUUACUUUGCUGCACAAUCAACAGAAUCUACGGAAGAUGAUGAUCGCUUGUAUGAGGCCGAAUGGAAAGAUGUUAUUCAAUAUCGUCGGCGUAAGCCUAACUAUGGUAGUGUUAUUCAACGAAUUGAUAUCAAACGAAAACAUGGAAAACUUUCUGUGAAAAUUCACUCUAUCAAACAUGUAGAUUUUAUCGUCACUGAACUAUUAUUUGUUUCAUCUGAACAUAAAAUUGUUUGCGUCUCUUAUGCACCGAUAAUUGAAACUUUAUCUGAAAUUGAGCUUUACGCGAUAGAUUUGCGCGAUACUUCAUCAUUAAUAAGAUUGACAAACAGCAAACUUUUUGAAUACAAUCUUAAAUUAUCAACUGAUGGUAAACAUGUUUUCUUUCUCGUUUAUCCUGUUAGAUUAAACAAUGAAAAUUUUUUAAGUGUGCAAGGAAGACUUUACUCGAUUGAUUUAACAAAUGGACAUAUUGAACAAUGGGGGAAAGGUUUCCAAGGAGCUGUUCGAGAUUAUACUAUUCGAUCCGAAGGUGGCGUUUUUAUAUUGGGACAGUUAGGAACUAAUGUGCAUGUCUACACUCAACAAUAUGUAUGGGAAGGUGUUUCUUUGUUAUCUGGCUGGCAUGGAUCUUAUCGGUCUAUCUCAUCGUCAAAGUCAAAGCAAUAUUCGUCAGUUGCUGUUACGUAUUCCUCUUUUGAACAACCCGAAGAAGUAUAUUUUACUAAAGAUAUUGAUGGACUUCCUUGGGCAAAAUCACUUACUCAUGAAAACCAACUCUUGUCAACAAGAGAUCUACCACGAGUUAAAUUGUACAGAUGGAGGAAUCCUGAGGAUAAUCGAACGAUCGACGGUAUUUUACAUUAUCCACCAGGAAAAUUCGAACAUAAAAAUCUACCUCUGUUCGUUCUCAUGCAUGGUGGUCCAACUGGUGGAAGUUUGAAUCAGCUACAAACCAGUUUUGAUACCUGGGCUCCGCUAGCUGCUACGGAAGGUUGGCUAGUACUCGAACCUAACUUUCGAGGUUCAACCGGUUAUGGUGAUAAGUUUAUUGAUGAAGUUCUAUGUGAAAUGUUAUCUAGGCCAGGAAAAGAUAUUCUUGCUGGUGUCGAUAGUCUCAUAAGCGAUGGCAUUGCUGAUCCAACUCGACUUAACAUUGGUGGCUAUAGUUUCGGUGGAUUUCUAACGAAUUGGUUGAUUACGCAAACAACACGUUUUAAUGCUGCUGUAUCUGGUGCUGGGGCAUCGGAACUUGUUUCUCUGUGGGGUACAACGGAUUUUCCUACAUAUGGUGCGUCAUUUAUGUGUGGAUUACCAUGGGAAGUACCAGAAAUCUAUAGAAAAGAAUCAAUAAUGAAUAAUUUGAAUAAAGCACAAACGCCUAUACUUAUCAGUACUGGCGCAAAGGAAACUCGUGUUCCUGUUGAUCAAAGCUAUAUUUUAGAACGUAGCUUAACUUAUUUAGGAGUACCUGUGAAAUUAUUACUUUUUCCUGAUGAAGGCCAUGCAUUCAGUAAUAAUCCGUGGCAUGGGAAAAUUAAAGUUCGUGAAGAGCUUAAAUGGCUUGCACAGUAUGAUCAUCUAUCUUCACUUGGGACAGAAGAUCUGCUUUAA